CACCUUUGUUAAAUAUUUCUCUGACGUUUGCUCGACUCUCUUGUAUCAAGAUGGAGCUCUACAUAACCAUACUAACCCUUUCUGUUGUUCUUCCAACCAAUGCUGAACUGUUACAUGAAUAUUUUGCAAUUCAUGGAUGUUCGGAGACCGAUGGAGAGGAUAUGCAUGGAAUUGAUGGAGAGGAAAUGUGGCAUGCCGACUAUAAUCAGAAGAAAGGAGUUGUAACAAUACCUGAUUUUGGAAAUCCUAUUGUAUUUCCUGGUUAUUAUGAAACAAGUGUUGUUGAAAUGAAAGGGUGCAAAAAUGAGGUAGCCUUUUUGACUAACAUUUUCAACCACCCCCCACCAGUAAUGGAUGCACCACAAACAUCCAUCUAUCCAAGGGAUGAUGUACAACUAGGUGUUCAGAACACCCUCGUCUGUCAUGUGACCGACUUCUAUCCUCCAUCUAUCAGCAUCUCAUGGACUAAGAAUAACGUUAAUGUGACAGAGGGCAUGAGUUUAAGUCAGUACCGUCCAAAGGCAGAUGGUACCUUCAGCAUCUUCUCUACUUUUAGGAUUACACCUAUUGAAGGAGACAUUUACACCUGCACUGUGAACCAUAUAGCCCUUCAGGGUCAACUUCAGACCAAAACAUGGGAUGUUGAUGUUGCCCUCCCAAGUGUUGGUCCUGAUGUGUUCUGUGGAGUGGGUCUGACUCUUGGACUAUUGGGAGUCGCUAUAGGAACUUUCUUCCUCGUUAAAGGGAACGACUGCAACUGACUUGGAAGCAAUGACAACAUCUUAUUGGAACUGGCCAACUAGAGAACUGCUAUUAAAAUGGUGGAUUACAGAAUCAUUUAAAUAAAUAUAUAUAUAUCCUUUGA